UGAAUUCCUGGACUCCUGGCUGAAUUCCUGCACUUGCUUCUUCAUCCUGCUCUCCAAGUGCUCCAGCAGCUUCUCCUCGCCGCUCCUGGACUCUGGACUGCUCCAACAGGGUGUAAGUCUCUCCUGCACUCCGUUCUCCCAGCGUUGUCUCCUGCACUGUCGCUUUCUACAUCCCCCUUCUCCCGUACUCCCUGGGUUCCUUCGGUGGGACUGAGUCACCGUCUCGUUCCCAGCCACCCACGGCGCUUUUCCGGCGGUGCCCCUCCGCAGAAGGUGCCUGGUUACCAUGGCACCCGAGUGCCCUUCUGUUCUAGAUGCCAGAUUAGAUCUGUUCUCAUGGUGACUGUGCCUCUGCUGUUCCCCACCAGCCCGGAGCCGCAGCACACGUUUAACGAGCUCGCUCACACACCGCCGCUCCUCUCCACUCCAGGGGGAGACUCCUUCAGAUCCAAGACAAGCCAAGUGCUCCUUGCCGCGGCGUGGAGUUUGCAUUUCCUGCACUACCAGCCUCUCUGUGUUCCUUGCAGCUCCGGGAACGGGGCAGGAAGAGGUUGAUCCUGUUGCGUGGCUCUCUGCUGAUCCCUCGGCUCCCGCCUGUGAGGAGUCAGCAUUCCUGCUCCUCGCUGCCUUUCCUCACCAUGGAUACUUGGCGCAGGGGGUCCAUCAAGUCCACCACCUUCUUCCGACGCUUCUCCCUCAGGAGGCACAAAAAGCUGGGCAACCAAGUCAUCAUCCUGAACCAGAACAGCCACACUCUGGACAAGGACGGCCAGAAGAGGGAAUGCUUGAGGGAUCUGAAGGACAAGUCUGAGUACCUGUCCUGUCAGAGCGAGCAGAACCUGGCCAAGGCACAAGCCCCUCCCAAGCCUCCCCGGCUGUACCUGGACAGUUCCAGCUGCCCCAACAUCAUCGAUCACACAGAUUCCCACUCCGACCUCUCCUUUUCUGAUGCUGCUCCAUACCACAAAGCCACUCCGACGCAUAAGGACCAGGCUACGGACCUCAGCACCUCAGAGGCAGGUCUCCCAAACAGCACCACUCUUCCCGACCUGGCUGACCCCUUCCUGUCCUUCAAAGUGGAUCUGGGGCUAUCGCUCCUCGAGGAUGUGCUGCAGACCCUCAGGAAACAGAACCCGAGGGAUUACGCCAUUUGAAGGUAUUCAUUGUCCACCACAUCCCAGUUACUCACUGCUGCUGCCAGUUCCUCCGAUUCCAGCAGGAGGAAGGAUACUGGAGCAUGCCUGUUGUGCGUGGUCUGUUUCGUUGUCCUCGCCUUGCCCACCACAGACCAUCCCUGUCCUUGCCAAGGAAUCCUCUGGAGCAGAGCUCACGGCUCUGUGCUCAGGUGAGAGCACCGUCUGCUGUCUCGUGGGCAACUUUCUGCUCUCCACCCUGGGAAUUUCCCACUCCGUACUGCGCGUCCCAUCCUCAGGGAAGACUGGCAUUUUUUGGGAAAGACUUAUUUUGGGGAUGUGACACUGUGGGGCAGGGACACACAGGGAUUUGUCAUGGAUUGCUUGUGGAACAGCAGGCAGCCUGCAAGGAGGCAGCAGCACUGCACCCCGAAGCCAAAGCUUUGAGGGCUGAGAGACGGGAACUGGGGCUUCUCCUCCCACCAUGUUUGGAUGUGAAAGCUCAAAGCUGUUCCUCCGUUUUUUCUCUUCCUCCUUGUGGGUUUCUUUUCCCUUAACUCCAGUGCAGGUGGCACUCCCAGCCUGGAAAGAGGUAAGCAUCCAAGUAGGCUCCUGAUACAGCACCAGCAGUGGAUUUAUCCUCCUGGCAGGAGAAGAGAUGUCUCUGACACUGCUGCCUCACGCAUGCACUGAGCUCCC